AUGAUUGUGGACUUCAGGAAGAGCACUGUCCCCCCGCCCCCACCCUCCGUGAUGGACUCCCCCAUCACCUCUGUGGAGUCCUUCCGUUUCCUGGGCACCACCAUCACCCAGGACCUCAAGUGGGAGCCGACCAUCAGCUCCCUCAUCAAGAAGGCCCAGCAGAGGAUGUACUUCCUGCGGCAGCUCAGGAAAGCCAAGCUGCCUGCACAGAUGUUGGUGCAGUUCUACACGGCCAUCAUCGAGUCCAUCCUCACCUCCUCCGUCACCGUGUGGUUCGCUGGAGCCACAGUCAGGGACAAACAGAGACUACAGCGCAUUGUGCGCUCUGCAGAGGAAGUGAUCGGCCGCAGCCUUCCAUCGCUGCAGGACCUAUGCCAAGGAAAGAAAUGGUGUGAGCUGAGCCCUGACGGCUUCGAGAACGAUCCAUGCGGAGACACGUUCAAAUACAUCCAGACCUCCUACAUCUGCGUCCCAGCCAUCCAUAUGAUUGUGUGUGAACAGAACAUGGCUCAUAUGGACUGUGAAGAAAACGAGGUGAUAGAGGUCUUUGCAGCAGACUGGGGCCGCAGGGACCAAACAACCUGUGCCUUAAGACUCCCCUCACCAAUGGUGCAAAAGACCGACUGCUACAACCCCACUGACUUUCCAGGAGAAAAGUGUAACUUGAGGCCAAGCUGUCCUGUCCGGGUGAACAAGGCCGUACUGGGGCAGGGCUGUGCUGGGACCGCUCAGUACCUGGAGCUGGCCUACUUCUGCAAGCCCAGCCCUGGCAAACAAUACGCCAAGAAAGCUCUGCCAACAUAA